AUGAAUCUGGCGCCCGAUGCUACCGGGAUUAUCCCGUUCAUGGAAGACGAAAUCGUGCGUUUCGAUGCCGAAGUCGACCGGUUCCGGUCCGGCGAGCUGGACAACACAGUGUUCACGCCGUUCCGGCUGCGGCAGGGUGUUUAUGGCCAACGCCAGGUCGACGUGCAGAUGAUCCGGGUGAAACUACCCGGCGGAAUCGCCUCGGCCGACAUGCUCGACGCCCUGGGCGAAGUCGCGGAACAUUACGCCCCCUUGCAAAAGGGUCAUAUCACCACCAGGGAGAAUAUUCAGUUCCACCACGUUCCGCUGGAUCAAACCUCCACCGCGCUCCGUUUGCUGGGCAAGGUGGGUCUGUCCACCCGCGAAGCUUGCGGCAACACCGUCCGCAACGUGGUUGGCCCUGCGACCGCGGGGGUUAGCCCGGAAGAAACCUUCGACCCGACGCCGUACCUGACCGCAUACGUUCGGUUUGGCGUGCGCCAUCCCAUUACCCAAAAUUUCCCCCGGAAGUUCAAAACCGCGUUCACCGGCAACGACCAGAGAGACGAAGUGGCGGCGGCCAUCCAGGAUCUGACUUUCGUUUCCCAAUACAAGGAAAUCGAUGGCGAACAGCGUAAGGGAUUCAAGGUUUACUGCGGAGGCGGAACGUCCAUCAUGCCCCGCCUGGCCAAACCGCUGUACGAUUGGGUUUCCGAGGAUGACUACCUCCGGGUGGCUUUGGCGAUCUGGACUGUGUUCAACAACGCUGACAUCCUUCGCAAGAAUCGGAUGAUGGCGCGUCUGAAGGUCCUGAUCGACAAGAUUGGGCUGGACGAAUUCAAACAAAUGGUUGAAACCGAAUUGGCCGGUAUCGGCCCGAUUGAUCACCGGCCUUUGAUGGUGGCGCAAGAGAUCCAGCGCGAAACCCCACCCGCUCAACCCGCCGAAGCAUCCACGGAAGACAGUCCCGAAUACCGCCAGUGGUACGACACCAACGUCGCAGCCCAACGGCAGGAAGGGUAUCACGUGUUCCACGGGCUGGCCAACAUCGUGAGGGAGUAUGCUGGCGGCAACGCCCACACCACACAGGAACAAAACCUGGUGAUCCGUUGGGUGCCGACCGGCCACCUCGCCACUGUAUGGAGAGCGCUGGUCGCUCUGAACCUCGGCGAGCCCGGUCACGACCACAUCACCAACGUCGUCUCCUGCCCCGGGACCGACAGUUGCAAACUUGGUAUCACCUCCUCCAUGGGUCUUGCCGAGGCUCUUCGCUCUGAGAUGCAAAGCUGGAAUGGGAUGCAGCAGGAUGCCGGGGUUAAGGACAUCCGCAUCAAGAUGAGUGGAUGCCCCAAUGGGUGCGGCCUUCAUCACAUCGCCAACAUCGGGUUCCACGGGGCUGCCGUGAAAGGCGUGGACGGGCAGCAAAUUCCAUCGUACGAGCUUUUCCUGGGCGGCAACUACGGGGACAACCGCGUGGAAGACUCUCGCAUCGGCACCAGGGUUCCCAAGGUUAAGGUUCCCGCCAAGCUCGUCCCAUCGGUUCUCAAAGAAAUCGUCACCUUCUAUAUGGACAAUCGUGACAACGAGACGGAGCGAUUCAACGAUUUCCUGGAACGGGUCGGGAUCGAAGAGGUAACCUCGGUGGCCGCGCGGGCCCAGGAGAUCGGACACGAGGCCGAAGGCGGCGGGGAAAUGUACUUCGACUGGGAACGAACCAACCAGUACGUGCUGGAACGCGGAGAAGGCGAGUGCGCCGUAUAA